AUGGUAGCUAAGAAAGACUACCAUGCUCCAAAACACCCCGAUCUGGAGAAGAUUCCUAACCUCCAAGUUAUAAAGGCUAUGCAGUCACUUAAAUCUCGAGGAUACGUCAAGGAGCAGUUUGCAUGGAGGCAUUUCUACUGGUACCUGACUAAUGAGGGCAUCGAGUACCUACGUAUUUUCCUCCACCUGCCACCUGAAAUUGUACCAGCAACUCUGAAACGCUCAGUACGUACUGAGACAGUACGCCGUGGUGCUGUCGGCCGGCCCGAUGCGCCUGCUCGUAGUGCAGAAGACCGCUCGGCGUACCGUCGUGCACCGACGACGCCAGCUGCACAAGACAAGAAGGCUGAUGUUGGACCUGGAUCUGCUGGUGUUGAAUUUAGAGGAGGAUUCGGACGAGGCAGGCCUGCACCUUAA